UUCACAGUGCGCGAGAGGAGGCGGGGACAGAAUAUUCAGAUGAGCAGUGAUUGACAGCCCCCGUUUCUCCAAUGCUCUCAGAAACUCGGCUGCUCCUUCCAGCAACUCUUCACUCUACACUCCCGAGCACUAAAAACAAACGGACGCUAGGGGAUCUUCAUGACGGCACACCGCUGAUCUCUCCACUUUUGCGCUUUUAUUUAUUUUCUUUUAUUAGUUUAUCCCUCCAGUCGAUUGUUAGAUGCGCUGAAUCCGUUGUUUAAAACCCGUCCUCCUGCUUUCCCUUUCUGGAGAGAACAGUCGAGUCUUUAUAUAAUAAUGUCCUAUCCUCAGGGUUACCUCUACCAGCCCCCGGGCUCUCUUGCGCUUUACUCCUGUCCGCUGGCCGCCCCGAGGAGCGAGGAGCUGGCCCGGUCCUCCUCCGGUUCAGCGUUCAGCCCGUACCCCGGAUCAGCUGCGUUCACAGCCUCCGCCAAUGGAUUCUCCAGUCCUCUGUCCUAUUCAACAGAUCCAGCCACGGGAUUCCCGUCAUACAUGGGCUCUCCGUAUGACGCGCACACGACGGGGAUGGCAGGAGCGAUAAGUUAUCAUCCUUACGGGAGUCCCGGCUACCCGUACCAGCUCAAUGAUCCCGCUUACCGGAAAAACGCCACGCGUGACGCAACAGCAACAUUAAAAGCAUGGCUGCAGGAACACAGGAAAAAUCCUUAUCCUACGAAAGGAGAAAAAAUCAUGCUGGCCAUUAUUACCAAAAUGACCCUCACACAAGUGUCGACUUGGUUCGCUAAUGCCAGACGGAGACUCAAAAAAGAAAAUAAAAUGACAUGGGCACCUCGGAAUAAAAGUGAAGAUGAGGAUGAGGAUGACGCGGAGGGAGAGAGAAAAGAUGAACGUACGGAUAAAAACAUGGACAACAGCGAGGCGUCGGCCGACGAUGAAGGCAUCAGUUUGCACGUAGAUGCCCUGACAGAUCACUCCUGUUCGGUGGAAUCGGACGGAGAGAAGGUCACGUGUAGGAACGGGGAUCUGGUUUGUGAUUCUGGACCUGAUACCAAGGACAAGUGCGAUGUGAGUGAUCUAGACACGAGCCACGAGGAGAGGCAAAGAGGUCCGUCACCCAAACCGGUGACAGCCUCUCCUCUGACUGGAAUGGAGGCCCCUCUUCUGACCCACCAUCACCGGGAGGAGGCACGAAACAACAGCAACAAAACUUGCCUGGACAGUCAAAACCAAACUGUCAAACCUAAACUAUGGUCAUUAGCCGAAAUCGCCACUUCGGACCCAAAGCGGCAGCAGCAGCACUUGGGGCAGAACUGCUCCCCGGGCGUUGGCCUUUUGACCUCUACAGCGCCCAGUGCAUCCCCUGCGGGCGCAGUGUACCCCGCCACCUCCAUUUUAGGAAGACCUCUAUAUUAUACCUCUCCGUUUUAUAGUAAUUACACAAACUAUGGCAACUUCAGUCCACUGCAGGGUCAAGGGAUUCUGCGCUAUAAUUCAGCUGGUGAGAGACUUCUGCACAAACAAAGUGACGACCCCCUACUUAAGACUAAUCCAAAUCAGACUGAACAACAUUUCAGGGCCUCCAAUGCAGAAUCCAAAAAAGACUCUCAUGAGGUGUUCACAGUAAGAACCCAGUCUUACCUCUCAAGUUAAAUACGAGGAAGAUUCUUCAAGUAGGUGUCACAAUUGCUUUGAACAAAGCGAACAAGCCAUCACCUCUCUCUCCCCAAGCUGUUUUAUACUUACAUUUGCUCCUUUACGCGGAUCCUUUUGUGUGCCACUGUACACCCACGGACUACAGAGCACCUGCCUAUAGACAUUAUAACCAUAAAACUUAAGAUUGUGGAAAAGACAAGAAACGAUCAAGGAAGGCCGAAAAUAUUAAGGCACAAACGCGAAUUUUAAAUGGAUGAACUGUUCAUUUGUUGACAAAGUUCGUUCUUCUCAACAUGUGUGACUUUUCAAUGAGGAAACAUAUUUCUCAGGAUCCUUAUAGUAGCCUAGCUUCAUUGCCACCAGUUGUGUACACGCGUGGGAAAUUAUAGCACUCCUACGAGACUUUAUCUGCUAUAGAGGUGUGAACUGUAAUGGAGAACUCGGGACUGGUAUAAACUUGACUAAGAGUGGAAUACAUUUGAUAUUUAUUUUUGUAAUACCGGCGACAGCCUAUAAUUUAUGCAAGUUGUAUUGCAAUGAUAACUGAACGUUGUUUUGUAAAUAAAUUAUGAUUGGUUUUUAUUUAAAAAAGCCGAAGUUACACAAUGUUGUUAACAAGGAGACUUUUACUAAUUUAUAUCUCUGAUUGUAAAUAAAAUGCGCUAGUCUGCACUGGCAUCAUUUGAAGUGAUCUGUUUUUAG